GUGCGGCGGCGGAUCCACACGCCCUCCCGCCUGCCCUGUCCCCUCCCUCCCUUCCUCUCCGUCCCCUCUGACGUCUGGAGCUGGCAGCCCGGCCGGUUCCGCAUUCCCGACCCCUCCCCGCCGCCCAGGGGCCGCUAUAUAGCCGGGGCUGAUGCAACCCGUCCCGCCGCCCGCCACAGCCUGCGGACGCGAGGGACGCUCGGCGGCGCGACGGGGGGCGCUGGCGGCGGCGGCGGGGCUGGCGCCGCGGCGGCUCCCGGGCCGGGACGGGCCUGGGCACCGGGCGGAGCUCGGCGGCCGCCGGGAGGCAGCGGCGCGGCGUGGGCACGGCGCCGGCAGCCGGGCCCCGGGGGCGCCGCCUCCGCCCGCGGCUUCUGCACGGCUGGCUGGCCGCGUCUCCUGCUAUGAUGCCUGGGCAGAUCCCGGACCCUUCCGUGACUGCGGGCUCUCUGCCGGGGCUCGGCCCCCUCACUGGACUCCCCAGCUCAGCCCUGACUGCAGAGGAGCUGAAAUACGCCGACAUCCGCAACAUUGGGGCCAUGAUCGCCCCUUUGCACUUCCUGGAGAUGAAGCUGGGCAAGAGACCCCAACCCGUGAAAAGUGAGCUUGACGAGGAAGAGGAGCGGAGGAAAAGGCGGCGGGAGAAGAACAAGGUGGCGGCGGCCCGCUGCCGGAACAAGAAGAAGGAGCGGACGGAGUUCCUGCAGCGGGAAUCCGAGCGGCUAGAACUCAUGAACGCUGAGCUGAAGACCCAGAUAGAGGAGCUGAAGCAGGAGCGGCAGCAGCUCAUCCUGAUGCUGAACCGGCACCGCCCCACCUGCAUCGUCCGGACGGACAGCGUGAAGACGCCUGAGGCUGAAGGCAACCCGCUGCUGGAGCAGCUGGAGGAGAAGUGAGCAUGGGCUGGGAGGACGCCCAGGAGGA